AUGUCUACAACCACUACCCCUGAGCAAGCUAACCUCCAUACCUUGAACUUCUGUUCGUUGCUCAACGGAGAUGUAGCCGAGCGGGCGAACCUGCUCUCUGCCUGCGAAGAUCAUGGCUUCUUUUACCUGGAUCUUCGUGAUUGGGAAUCUGGCAAGAUGCUGAAAGCGCUAGAGGCUACUUGGGUAAUCAUGAAGCAGUGGUUUGGCCAACCCCUCGAAGAAAAGAUGAAGACCGAGACUAUCUCUGACGCUCACGGGUUCAAGCCGCCGGGCGUGCAGUCUGGUGUCAAUGAGAACACUCGGGAUGGAUUCGAAGCUCUGAGAAUCAGCCGCGUUGGUCUUCUCAACCGCUCCCAUCUCCCCGCCGUAGUGCACGAAAACCUCCAACUCUUUGAAACGUUCCAGCUCUCAGCCCAUUUCCUCCUAAAGACCCUUCUAUCCUGCCUUUCCGACGCCGCAGGGCUCGAGAAAGAUGACCGCUUUGAGAGCUGUCACCCGGACGAUCUCCCCUCCAAGAGCACAAUGUUCUUCAUCCACCAUCCCCUCAGCGACGCGCUCAAUGACAAAACAGCCCGCGGCCACAACGCCCACACAGACGUUGGAUCAUUUACCCUUCUCUUCACUGAACAACCAGGCUUACAAGUAAUGUCACCUACGACUAAUAAAUGGGAAUACGUCGCUGCGAAACCAGGUCAUGCGAUCAUAAACGUCGCUGAUACACUUCGCUUCAUUUCUAAACGACGCUUUAGGUCUGCUAUGCAUAGAGUGCUACCUCCGGGGGGUAAGAUGGUAGAGGACAGAUACUCGGCUGCUUACUUUCUGCGCGCUAGUGAUAGUGCUGUUUUCAAGGGGAUGAAUGGGGAAGAAGUUACGGCGGAGCAGUGGUUUCUUAGCAAGUAUAGUAGUUUUAAUAAGACGAUGGAGGAGCAGAGGGUUGAUUCUGUAGCUACUGGCGGGAUGGAUAAGGACCUUGGGUUGCAGGUUUGA